GCAGCAGGAGGAUGGAGAACAAGGCCAUGUAUCUUCACACCUUCAACGAGAGGGAGAACGGCUCCAUCUUUGAGGAGCCCUUUGAGGGAAGGAACCUCUCCAAGCUGAACCUCUGCGAGGACGGUCCCGGCAGGAGGAUGAAGGCGGCCGGACGCUGCGGUCGGUUGGGCUCCCUGGCGGCGCUGAAGUACGCCGUGGUGGGGCUCUACCUCCUCGUCUUCCUCAUCCUCGUCGGAGUCUUCAUCCUCGCAGUCUCCAGGCCGCAGACUUCCCCCGAGGACUUGAAGGUGCUGAUGGGGAACGUGAACCACCUGAACGAGAGUUUCCGGGACAUGCAGCUGAAGCUGCUGCACCUACCUCUGAAAGGGGAUGUGAUGGAUCACAUCUGGAGGCUCCAGGACCUCCUGCAGAACCACUCAGACUCCUUGUUCCUCAUGACGGGAUCACUGCAGAAGCUGGAAGGGCUUCUCUGGAGUCUGCAGACCCAGGCCAGCCAAACUGACAAGGCAGUGUCCAACCUCUGGGACAGCUUGACUCAGCAGAGUGACACAGCUCAGCAGGAGAUGUACAAGCUCUCCGUGGAAGGCAAUAGCAGUCGGCUGCUGCUCCAGCACCAUGACCACCUCCUGACCCACCUCAGUAGCAGGGUGGAGAGCUUGAGUGACCAGGUGAUGGCAGCAAGUGGGGCUGUGGACACCAUGAACAGGACCUUCUCCUAUGACGUGAACAUCCACCACACCCGCAUCCAGGACCUGCAGGUGCUGAUCAGCAACGCCACCGAAGACGCCCGGCAGAUGCGUCUCAUCCACAUAGCCAUGGAAGAGCAACUGAAGCGUGAGCUGGCCAUCCUCAACAACGUGACGGAAGACCUGCGGCUCAAGGACUGGGAGCACUCAGUCGCUCUGAAGAACAUCUCCGUGAUACGGGGGCCUCCAGGACCCAAAGGAGACCAAGGCAAUGAAGGAAUGGAAGGUGAACCUGGUCUUCCCGGCCUCCCUGGGCUGCGAGGGCUACCUGGGGAGAGAGGACCACCAGGACCACGUGGCUUGAAAGGGGACCAAGGAGACCUUGGCCCUCCAGGUCCACCAGGGUUGCGGGGAUUCAGAGAGCCUCACCACACCCAGGUUAAGAGCAGAGACAAAUUCUGGGUGCGGAAAGUGUCUGUACACCUACUUAGCAGGACGGAUUAG